AGGGGGCAAAAAGUUUUCAGACCUUCUUACUACAUCAGAAGAAAAAAGGAAAACAAGAAGAUACAACCCCGUUUCCUCCCCUUUGCAUGUUACUCGUAACGUUACAGUAGGGUCGUGCACCUGCAACGGGGACAGCCAUGGAGAAGAGUGGGAACAUUCAGUUGGAGAUUCCUGACUUCAGUAACUCUGUUCUGAGCCACCUGAAUCAGUUACGCAUGCAGGGUCGCCUGUGUGACAUCGUGGUCAACGUGCAGGGGCAAGCUUUCCGUGCUCACAAGGUGGUGCUGGCUGCCAGCUCGCCCUACUUCCGUGACCACAUGUCCUUGAACGAAAUGAGCACCGUUUCCAUUUCUGUCAUCAAGAACCCUUCUGUUUUCGAGCAGCUCCUUUCCUUUUGUUACACCGGUAGGAUAUGUCUGCAGCUGGCUGACAUCAUCAGUUACCUAACGGCUGCCAGUUUCUUGCAGAUGCAGCACAUCAUAGACAAAUGCACGCAGAUUCUCGAGGGAAUUCAUUUCAAAAUUAACGUGGCAGAGGUGGAAGCGGAAUUGAGCCAGACCAGGACAAAGCAUCAGGAGAGACCACCGGAGUCUCACCGGGUGACGCCAAAUCUAAACCGUUCUUUGAGCCCGCGUUACAACACCCCGAAGGGGAGUCGCCUAGGCCAGGUUAGCACGGUGCUGGACAUUCGGGAGCUCAGCCCGCCUGAGGAGUCCACCAGCCCCCAGAUAAUUGAGCAGAGUUCAGAUGUGGAAAGCAGGGAGCCCAUACUACGGAUUAACAGAGCGGGACAGUGGUACGUUGAGACGGGAAUGGGAGACCGCGGGGGACGGAACGACGACGACGUCCGCGUGCUGGGAGGAGUGCACAUUAAAACAGAGAACCUGGAGGAGUGGCUCGGGGCAGAGCAUCAGCCGUCGGGAGAAGAUGGGAGCAGCGCUGAGGAGGUCACUGCUAUGGUGAUCGACACCACAGGCCACGGAUUGAUGUGCCAAGAGGCUUACGCAUUAGGGUCCUCCGGGGCCAAAGUGGUCAGGCCAACCAGCAGUGAGAUUGACAGAUUUAGCCCUUCUGGCAGCAUGGUUGCUGUGACUGAGCGGUACAGAUCAAAAAGCGAGUCUCCCAGGCGGAUGGAUGAGCCCAAGCAGCCCAGUUCCCAGGGGGAGGAAUCAGCCAUGCUUGGAGUGAGCGGUUAUGUGGAAUAUCUCCGUGAGCAGGAGGUUUCAGAGCGCUGGUUCCGGUAUAACCCACGGCUCACUUGUAUUUACUGCGCCAAAUCCUUCAACCAGAAAGGCAGCCUGGACCGGCACAUGCGUCUCCACAUGGGCAUCACGCCUUUUGUCUGCCGCAUGUGUGGGAAGAAGUACACCCGCAAGGAUCAGCUGGAGUAUCACAUCCGCAAGCACACAGGCAACAAGCCCUUUCAUUGCCAUGUCUGUGGCAAAAGCUUCCCUUUCCAGGCCAUCCUCAACCAGCACUUUCGCAAGAACCACCCCGGCUGUAUGCCUCUGGAGGGGCCUCACAGCAUCUCCCCUGAGACCACUGUCACGUCUCGGGGGCAGGCGGAGGAAGAAUCUCCUCCUCAGGAGGAGGCUGUCGCUGUGGGGGAGACGGCACAGGGAUCUGUGUCCACGACUGGGCCAGAUUGAAACGUGGUUGCAGAGUCUGGGGAGAAAGGACCGUCUUCCCGUUUUUGGCUCUAAAAGAGUCAGCACCAACCUGGCAGGCUGGUACUGUAAUUAGUGCAAUGCCACCACUGGACAGAAAGAAGCUCCCAAGAUGUUGCCAAAAUAGAAAAAUCUUUCUCUCUCUCUCUUUCUCUCAUACACCCACACACACACACGUAGAGUGUUAAAAGUUUUUCUCCCUCAUUCCUCGUCUUGGAGAAAAACAAAACAACUGUGUCAAUCAACUUCUUAUUCAGGGAUCGACAGGAUUUUAAAUUUUUUUAAUGUUCCGUAGUGAUCUGGGAUGAGCAGUCAUUUGUAUUUCUUGACGGUGUUUUGGCCCGGCAGCUAGGUCCUGCUGGCCAUCAGCCGUGCAGGCCCGGUGAGCCUAGCGUGCAGGGCUGCUCCUUGCCAUAUCUGCUGGUCCAGCUCAAGGGGAAAGCAGGGGCAAGGUGCCGUUGCCUUCCUCCGUUCCCCAGGUAGUUGCCACGUUAAAGAAAACAAAAAGACUGUCCUGGUGGAACCUGCCUUGCCCGAGUGUAUUUAUCCCUGUCUUAUUUUUGGUGUGUCUCUUUUUACUUAAGCUAUUAUUUUAGGGCUUUUGGCUUGCCCGUUCCAGGCGUGCAGCCUCAACACCCAUUGUUAAAAGUGGGCAUGGCUAUAAAGCGGUAUUCUAGAGGUCAGCAAAAUUUGAACCGCUUCGGCUACUGAAAGUGAAAUUUAGCAGCUAUGAGGUUUGCAUUAGACUCUGAUGUGUUGGGAGAAGGGUUGGAGGGGUCUUUCAGGGGAGGUUCUCCUUUGCCGUUGCUGCUCUGGAGAGUUCAGAGCACUCUGACAUCCUGACCGGUGCGCUGCCGUGCUUCAGGUGUUGCUGAGCGUUAGGAAGAGUUCUUCUGGACUGGCUGAAUUGCGGAGUUAGAGGCUGGCUACCAAAGUCGUCCUUCACCCCUACUCCCCCCUCGACACGCACUUGAUCUUUUAUAACAGCAAUAUGGUAUACUGAAAUAGUAUCGUCCCAGCCGAGCAAUUGUGGGUGGUUGCUUUUAAACGUCUUUCUACAAACUAGUUUGAUAACUUUUUUAUCAAUGAAAUGCAAAAAGAAAAGAAAACCCUACUUUAUUUCCUCAUAACGGUUCAGGAAACUUAAAAGUGAACGGUUCCUAGAGCAAUCACAACUCUGUCCCCUUGCAUGGACUUAAACUUUUGUAUUCUAAGCAGCUCUGAUGUUUAGAGCAAGUUAAGCAAACCCGGAGAGACAUGCCUGCGUUGUGUAUUGUAGGUGUUUGCACGUGCUUACGUGUUUCAUAAACAGAAAAGCAUGGGACAGGUAGAUAAGUGCAAAUAUCUUGACAUCUUUUGAAGACGUCUUUUAAAAAAUAUGCAAUACUUUAAGAGUUUUCUCUGGUUCUGAUGCCAAGUUGUUCAUGAUGGAGGGGGAAAAUGGUUGCGCAGAUUGGGUUUGGGAGAGGACAUUUGGUUAGAGGAGUUCUGUUGAGGAUGUAUAAUGUGUACAAUAAGGAAGGAUGAAGUUCUGAUCCUUAAGGUGAUGGGAGGAACAAUGAGACUGAAAAAGGAAUACACUUCAUCUUGCUUUGGCAAAGCAAGCCGGGCGAGUGUUUAAGAGCAUGGGCUUGGUGGGCAGGAGACUUACCAAGUGAAAAAUAAAGCUUGCCCUGCUGUCUGACUUCACAAUUUUGGGCACAUGGAAACAUCUCCAGCCUUCACUUUUCCCCACCUGCAAAUUGGGGCUCGGGAUCAUUUUCCUGCCUCUUUAGAGGGAAGAACUUGGAGAAGGGUGGUGUAUUCUUGCUUCGCUUUAUGUAUUUUUCUCUUUUAUAAGUGAGGGUCUCACUGUUCCUC